AUGAGCUCGGUCGCUACAGAGUUGAGAGCUGCGGCCGCCAUGGUGUUGGUAGCGGGGGUUGCUGGUUCGCGAUUCAAGGGUCUCGGGGACGGUUCGUGUGAGCGGCUUCUCAGAUGCUUAGCUUCGUGGUGCCGCGUUCGGAAGCGGAAGGCGGCUGACUGA